UUUCGAAAAUGGCGAACAUUUUAAUUUUCAACAUUUGCCUGGUGUUGAUGUUGUCCCGUGUGGAGUCGUGUUUUAUCCCGAAGUCUCUGUACAUAAUUGUGCCCGACACAAUUCCGACUGGAUACAAAAUCGCAACAGUUGAAGUUGCCGACUGUGAUACCGAAACAAUGCACUUAACUUUGGAGGACCGACGUUUUACAAUAACGAGUAAUCGAGCAAUAGUAGCUGUAACGCCUGUAUCAGUGGCACCAGGAGGGCGGACAUUUUCUGUGUGGGCUCGGGACAACAGUGGACUGGAAAGUGAGAUGGUAGUUCACCUUGUCCACAGUGCAAUAAGGGAAAAAAAGUCCACAGGCUUCCUGAAGCCCUCCAGGAUACUAUGUAUUCCACCCUUCAACAUUUUAGAGAAUGGUGUAGGACCUUUUCCAAAAGACUUUGAAAAGAUGGACAGAUUUUUGUCGGACUCGGACGCCAAGCACCAAGUGUACUACACCAUCAGUGGACGUGGUGUCAAUCAGAAUCCAGUGGGAUUGUUCAGUCUGAACCCUCAAAGUGGAAUGUUGACGGUGAACGGGCCAAUUGAUCGUGAAGAGUUCCCAUGGUUUAUAUUAACAAUCAAAGUUUUCGACAGACUCACAAAUAUGGAGACAAACUUACCUUUGGACAUGCACGUAGUUGUAGAUGAUGUGAAUGACAACGCUCCAACAUUCGUAAACCAACUACAAUUCACUGUGCCAGAGCAAAGCGUCGCAGGGACAGUGGUGGGGAAGGUGAAUGCUACAGACAGAGACCUAGCAGGAAGCCUCCACACCAAGAUCAAGUAUUUUCUCACAACUGGGUUAGACCUGUUUGCCAUCAACUCAGAAACGGGUGUCAUCACUACAGCAAAUAACACCCUGGACAGAGAGAUGUCCCGUGUGGAGUCGUGUUUUAUCCCGAAGUCUCUGUACAUAAUUGUGCCCGACACAAUUCCUACUGGAUACAAAAUCGCAACAGUUGAAGUUGCUGACUGCGACCCCAAAACAAUGCACUUAACUUUGGAGGACCGACGUUUUACAAUAACGAGUAAUCGAGCAAUAGCAGCUGUAACGCCUGUAUCAGUGGCACCAGGAGGGCGGACAUUUUCUGUGUGGGCUCGGGACAACAGUGGAAUGGAAAGUGAGAUGGUAGUUCACCUUGUCCACAGUGCAAUACGGGAAAAAAAGCCCACAGGCUUCCUGAAGCGCUCCAAGAGACGUUGGAGUAUUCCAACCUUCCACAUUUUAGAGAAUGAUGUAGGACCUUUUCCAAAAGACAUUGACAAGAUUGUAUCGGACUCUGAAGCCAAGCACCAAGUGUUCUAUAACAUCACAAGACCUGGUGUUAAUCGGAAUCCAGUGGGAUUGUUCAGUCUGAACUGUGAAAGUGGGAUGUUGAUGGUGAACGGAGCAAUUGAUCGUGAAGAGUUCCCAUCGUUUAUAUUAACAACCAGAGUUUUCGACAAAUUCACACAUAAGGAUACAGACUUACCUUUGGACAUCCAAGUAGUUGUAGAUGAUGUGAAUGACAACGCUCCAACAUUCAUAGAUCAACUACAAUUCACUGUGCUAGAGCAAAGUGUCGCAGGGACAGUGGUGGGGAAGGUGAAUGCUACAGACAGAGACCUAGCAGGAAGCCUCCACGCCAAGAUCAAGUAUUGUCUCACAACUGGGUUAGACCUGUUUGCCAUCAACCCAAAAAUGGGUGUCAUCACCACUAUAACUAACACCCUGGACAGAGAGGCAAAAGACAAGCAUUUGGUGACAGUAGUAAUCAGAGAUAUGGACGGUGCAGUAAAUGGCCUUUCAACCACAGGAACAGCAACCAUUACUGUGGGAGAUAUCAACGACAACGUGCCCAUUUUCACAAAAACAUCCUAUGCAGUUGAUGUCAAAGAAAAUGAAAGCGAAAAACUCCUCCUCCGAAUUCCCGUUAACGAUAAGGAUUCAACAAACACAACAAACUGGAUUUCAAAAUUCGUCAUUCUUAAAGGACAUGAAAAUGGACAUUUCAGAAUAGAUACUGACCCCAAAACCAACGAGGGGCUUCUGUAUGUCUCAAAGCCCUUAGAUUAUGAGCAGAACAAAAAUGUAAAGCUUGAGAUUAAGGCAUGUAAUCAAGCUGAGCUAAGUGGCACCGAGGCCCAGUGGAUGUCCAUCCCUGUGGAUGUCAAUGUCCUCAAUGAAGAUGAGGGUCCAGCAUUCUCGGCUCCUACUAUCCGCUUCACUGUCAAAGAGAACACACCAAAAGGCACACUGAUAGGAAGUUACAUAGCUACGGAUCCCGAUACCAAGAGCAGCAACGGCAUCACGUAUUACAAGCUCACAGACCCAGCCUCCUGGAUCACUGUCAACAGAAAUAAUGGAGAGCUGAGAGUGGCAAACACAAUUGACAGAGAGUCACCGUUUGUCCAAAAUGGAUUUUACAACAUCACCAUGAAGGCUGUUGAUGCUAGCUCCAAAACAGGAACAGGAAAAGUCAUUAUUGUGGUGGAGGAUGUCAACGACAACAUGCCAGUGAUCCCCCCCACCGAGAUUGUGUUGUGUGAGAAGGAAGGAGAGCUCGGCUCAGUGCUGGUUGUGGCUGAAGACAAAGACCAGAAACCCUUUUCUGACCCCUUCAGCUUUAGUCUGCCACACGGUCAUGAAGGCAAAUGGUCCUUGACAAAAGUUAAUGGCACAGCAGCUAUGUUGCGGCACAUCCAAGAGCUCCCCACAGGAAUAUACCAUGUUCCCAUAGAUGUUACAGAUCUGCAGGGCUUUGGUAAAACACAGACGGCGAAAGUGAGGAUCUGCCAGUGCAGGAAUGGAGCCUGCUUGGCCAAGGACCACUCUGUGUCAUUAGGGCCACUGGCUUUACUGGCUAUGCUGUUGCCUCUGCUCUUCCUCCUACUGCUCGGCCUACUGCUUGCAUUUUUCUGUGUGACAAAGAGAGAGAAACUAGAAUUUGAAGAUGUAGGAGACAGUGGUGGAAUCCUGCUCAAAUCAAACACCGAGUCCCCAGGGGAAGAAGUGGAUUCAAGCCUCAUCACUAUUCCCACUACUGGGAUUGACCAAGCAGUGAAGGGCUCAGUGAAGGGAGUGAAUGCAGGAUGGUCUGGGAACAAGAGCUUCAGCACAAUCGGAGGCCAAAGCACACAUGGGAAUGGGAUGCAUGGGGCGUCCGGUGUUGUCACAUCCGAUACGCAAGAGUACUAUUCUGGCCAGUAUGAUAACCAAUUUGGUACUCAGUCUGGUCAGUUUGGUAUGGGUAGCGCUAUAAACUUUGACAGAUACCUUGCCCAGGACGCAACCUUUCUUCACAACUGGCGAACAAACGGCCGCUAUAUAAACCAGAAGCUGGCCUAUUUUGGAACAGAGGAUGGACGGUACGCAGAUGACCUCAUCCACUCCUAUGGUUUUGAGGGGGCGGGCUCUGCAGCUGGCUCUGUGGGAUGCUGCAGCGACUUUGGUGACAACGAUAACCUUGACUUCCUGAACGCGCUCGGACCAAAGUUCAAAACUCUAGGAGCUGUCUGCAGAAAGACAUGAACAAUGAUGCUCAAAAGAUAUAGACGGGCCUGGGAUCUGAAUGCUUGGUAUUCCCCCUGAACAUGAAUGAGAAAAAGAACAAGUAGAUGGCGUCAGUGUGUGCACACUGCUCUGCUAUCGCUUUUUGUUGUUAGUUUCUUUUGCUGCUUUUUGGUAAAGGUAUUUUGCACUGAAAACUGAAAAUGAUGCAGAAUGCUGUCAGUUGUACAUACUUUGUGCCGUGUGUUACUCAGAGGCUUGGUUUCCCAUCUAUCCAUCCAUUAGCCAUACGUGCUUCACAUUAUAUAAGAAGGUUGUGGGAUUGUUAUAGUACAGUGAAGGGCUGCAGGGUUUUUUAUCUAAGAGUGUAAGAGUAACA